AACAAGCAGAGGCACAACGUCAGCAAUACAGAGAAGAGCAGGGGAAGAGACGGGCAGAUUCAGAGUGCCAAACUGUGACGAGCGAGGCAAGAGAGAAAUACGGUGGUUUUGAAGAGUUUGAAUUUGAAUUUCAGAAGGAAACACACGAUAGCAUAGAGAGAAAGAGCGAGAGAGAGAGAGAGAGAGAGACACACACACACGCUGAGGGGUGUGUCACAGCAAUUUAGUUCCUCAAGGAAGUGCAACUCAACAUUGUCUUAAGAAAGGGUGGCAAGCACUGACAGAAGCGCGGCAGGAGGGCUGCUUUUGGGUUUUGGUUCUGUUCGCAGUUAAGAUGAAGGGAUCCCGUUAAAUUGACCAGCCUGUGCUGUCAACGUGAUACACAGAGCAGAGGGAGACAUCUGACACAGACAAGGAGGGAGGGGGACUCGCACGCACACACAGGCAACUAUGGAUGCAUUCAACUCCAAGGACAUGGCCAUGAAGGCACAGAAGAAGAUCCUCAGCAGCAUGGCCACCAAAAGCUCUGUCCAAAUGUUCAUUGAUGACACCACCAGUGAGAUCCUAGAUGAACUGUACCGGGUCUCCAAAGAGUACUCGGGAAAUAAAUCUGAGGCUCAGAAAGUCAUCAAAGACCUCAUCAAGAUUGCAGUCAAGAUUGGCGUCCUUUUCAGAAACAACCGUUUUAACACAGAAGAGCUGGGAGUGGCCCAAGACUUUAAGAAGAAGCUCCACCAGGGAGCAAUGACAGCUAUCAGCUUCUAUGAGGUGGACUUUACCUUUGACAAGACCGUGAUGGCUGACAUCCUGACCAGCUGCAGGGAUCUGCUGCUGAAGCUGGUCAACACCCACCUCACCGCUAAAUCUCACGGUCGCAUCAACCAUGUCUUCAAUCAUUACUCCGACCCACAGCUUCUGACCAGUCUGUACAACCCUGACGGCCCCUUCAGACCCAACCUCACCAAGAUCUGUAAAGGACUGAACAAACUUGUGGAGGAUGGGACAAUAUGACAAAAGAACUAAAUAUGUCAGACAGACACUGGGAGAUCAACAGGUAGACUCAACUGGGACUCUGAACUCUUCGUCUUGCUGCUGCUGAGGACUGCCGAUGUAAGACGAGUCAUUUGAGAACCAAUCUGCUUCCCCACAGUUCUCAAAGAACAUGCGGGAUACAAAUAAAGUUUUGUGGAGUCAUUCAAGUCGUUAAUGUUUUGGGGCCAUACAUAUAUACUACAGUAUGUAAGCAAUGUAUAUUGUCUAUUCAGGCAAUGUUCAGAGAAAUCAAACUUGAAUAUAAAUAUAUUCUGUAGUGGCCAUUUUACUAGAAUACAAAAUGUCAUUCAAUAUUUGACACUUUGGUAUAUUUUAUACAGAACUACUGAUCUUAUGCAUUAUGAUGACAGAAUUAAAUCAGGUGGACAGAUGCAUAACAAGGUAAGUCUGGGAACAAUGCCACUGUAGUACAGCAUUGCCAUCUGUUGGUCAACAUGGUGCCUCUGCAGCAGCGUACUGUAUUUUGUCAAGACAACAAUGCAGCCAAAAAUAAAGACGAGCCCAGAGUAAACAAUUA